AUGAGAUUAAAUAUAUAUCUUAUAUCACAUCCCAUAAUCAAACAAUUAUCACUAGCUAUAAUCAAUACCAACUUAAACAAUAAACACGUAUAUCAAGAUAAUGCAAAAUUACUAGGUCGCUUAUUAAUAUAUGAAACAGUACGAAAAUGGAUGACUAUUCACUAUAUUUCUAUCAAAAAUAUAGAUUCAAAAAAAGAGUUAUAUAAAUUUGACCGUAAAGAAUCUUAUAGAAUACUAGCUAACUUAGUCGAAUGCGCUGAUAUAGUAUCAGAUAUCAACACUAUACUACCACAAAUGUAUUUAGAACAUGUCAACUCUAAUAAUCAUAACCAAAAUAGUUAUAAAGAUAUAAAUAUUAUUAAAAAAGAAAAAAUUAUAAUUAUUGAAAAAUUCUUAAACAACUACUCUAUUAUUAGACUACUUGACUAUUUACUAAUAGAAAAAAAAGUCCAAAUUAGUCAAAUAAAAAUAAUGUGUAUAACAUGCUCUAAUAAUAUCUGUGAGUAUUUAGGGAACAAAUAUCAAUCUUUAGAAAUAUACACAACCAAAAUGUAUAAAUAUUAA